AUGAAGCAGAGAAUUAGUUCCUUAGAUUUGCAAAUUCUAGCUGGAGAAUUGAAGAAUUCGUUGGAGAGUUAUAGGUUGAAUAACAUCUACAAUGUUUCAGAUUCAACAAGACAAUUUCUUCUAAGAUUUAACAAGCCAGAUUCUAAACUAAAUGUUAUAGUUGAUUGUGGGUUGAGAAUCCAUCUAACUGAUUUUAAUAGACCAAUUCCUCCUGCUCCAUCGGGGUUCGUUGUGAAACUAAGAAAGCAUUUGAAGGGUAAACGAUUGACUGCAUUGAGACAAGUCCAAAACGAUAGAAUUUUGGUUCUUCAAUUUGCUGAUGGGUUGUUCUAUUUAGUUUUAGAAUUUUUUAGUGCUGGUAAUGUUAUCUUAUUAAACGAAGAUCGAACUAUUCUAUCGUUGCAAAGAAUCGUUCAUGAACAUGAAAACAAAGUUGGUGAGACCUAUGAAAUGUUUGAUGAAAGUUUAUUCUUGAAAGAUAUUCCAGCGUUGCAAGACAAGAAAGUGUACACAACUUCCCAAGUGGAGGAAUGGUUAACUGAAACCAGAAAUAAAUUCUCAAUUGCAACAUCCGCAUUACAAGAAGCAAACGUUAGUCAGAAGAAAGGUGAGAAGAAGAAGAAAAUAAGAGUUCCAUCAAUCCAUAAGUUAUUACUUUCAAAGGAGCCUCAUCUGUCAUCCGAUUUACUUUCAAAGAAUUGUAAAAUGCUUCAUCUUGAUCCAUCCACAUCUGCCCUGGAGUUCGAAGACAAAUCUCAGAAACUGGUUGAAUUAUUAACUAUGACUGAGGAUGAGUACCAUUCCUUAUUGACAGCGAAAGAAAGAGAAGGGUUUAUCUUGGCAAAGAAAAAUGAAAAUUACAAUAGUGAAAGGGAUAAUUCCGAUUUGGAAUAUGUCUAUGAAACAUUCCACCCCUUCAGGCCAUAUGUCGAUGAUAAAAAUUCAGCAAACACUCAUAUUAUUGAAAUCGAUGGUCAAUACAAUAAAACCCUGGAUAAUUUUUUCUCUACGAUUGAAUCAUCCAAAUAUGCCUUGCGUAUUCAAGCCCAAGAGUUACAAGCAAAGAAGAAGAUUGAAGACGCCCGUCUGGAAAAUGAACGGAGGAUUCAAGCAUUGGUAGAUGUUCAAGCUUCAAAUGAGGAAAAGGGGCACUUAAUUAUAGCCAAUGCAGACUUGGUUGAAGAAGCUAAGCUUGCAAUUCAAGGGCUGUUGGAUCAGCAAAUGGAUUGGAAUACAAUCGAAAAGUUGAUCCUCAGUGAGCAGAGAAAAGGAAACAUGAUUGCUCAAUUAAUUCAACUGCCAUUAAAUCUGAAGGAAAACAAAUUUACUGUUCGAUUGACACCAACCCAAGAGAAUGAUGAAAAUAGUGAUGAAUCUAAUAGUAGCAGUGAUGUUGACAGUGACUCGGAAAGUGAUAAUUCUUCCUCAUCUGAUGAAUCAAGUGACUCAGAUGUUUCCGAUUUUGAAACAGAUGAAGGAACUGAAAGAAAAUCACGUUUAAAAUCAAGAAAGGGCCAAAAGAAGCCUGCAACAGUUGAUAAAAAUACCGUCAAAGUGACCAUCGAUUUGGGAUUAACUGCAUAUGCAAAUGCCUCUGAGUAUUUCAAUAUUAAGAAAACCAGUGUUGAAAAGCAAAAACGUAUGGAAAAGAACAUUGAGAAGGCAAUGAAGAAUAUUGAAGAAAGGGUGGAUAAACAAUUGAAGAAAAAAUUAAAGGAUUCUCAUGAUGUUUUGAAAAGAAUUAGAACGCCCUACUUCUUUGAGAAAUACAAUUGGUUUAUCUCUUCAGAAGGGUUUCUUGUUAUGAUGGGAAAAAAUGGUGUAGAAACUGAUCAAAUUUACAGUAAAUUUAUCGAAGACAAUGAUAUCUACAUGUCAAAUCAUUUUAACACACAAGUAUGGAUUAAGAACCCAGAUGGAAAAGAGGUGCCUCCAAAUACUUUGAUGCAAGCUGGAAUAUUGUGUAUGUCCUCUAGCGAAGCUUGGUCCAAAAAGAUUGCAGCUUCAGCCUGGUGGUGUUUUGCCAAGAACGUAUCUAAAUUUGACGAUGUUGACCAAAGUGUUUUAUCACCUGGUGUCUUCCGUUUAAAGAAUGAGAAAGAUCGUAAUGAAUUGCCCGCAUCUCAGUUAGUUAUGGGAUUUGGGUUCAUGUGGAAAGUUAAAACAGCUCAAUCAGAAUCUGAUCAUGAAGAUGAGACUUCAGCUUUAGAUGAUGACAACUCUUCUGACCCAGAGGAUAUUGAAGAGGAAGCAUCUCCAGUCGUUGGGACCACGGAACCGGUAGAAGAAAUGUUACAAACAAUAGACAACGAUUUCUCAGAUCUUCAGGUAAGAGAUGAUGCGAAGGUGGACGACAGUGAAAAUGAAACUGACGGUGAAGAUGUUUUUGAUACUCAAACAAUUGCUACAAACAUGGUUGAAAACAUGAAUAGAAAAGUCCGUGGUAAAAAAGGAAAAUUAAAGAAAAUGCAAAAGAAAUAUGCCGACCAAGAUGAAACUGAACGACUUCUUAGAUUAGAGGCUUUAGGUACGUUAAAAGGUUUGGAGAAGCAACAAUUGAAAGAAAAAGAAGAAAUAGCCAAACAACAGAAAAGAGAAUACAAGAAGGCAAAGCGUGAAAAGCAAAAAGAAAUACAAGCAUUGAAAUUUACCAGGAACGAAAAAGUUCAUGUUAACUAUACCAAGUUUUUAGAAGAAUUAAAACCAACCUUAGAGAAGGAUGAUGAAAUUAUCGAUGUUGUCCCUGUUUUCGCUCCAUGGCCUGCUUUGCUAAAAUGUAAAUACAAAGUCAAAGUUCAGCCAGGUAAUGCAAAGAAAACUAAGACUAUGACUGAAAUCUUGCAUCAUUUCAUGAAACGUUCUGUAGAUCCAACUGAGAAUGAUAAAGAAAGUGACUGGCCGAGAGAGCAUGAAAUGAUCAAAAGUUUAAAGGAACAAGAUUUAGUCUUGUUGAUUUGUGUUGAUAAAUUGAAAAUAUCUUUACCUGGCCAGAACGAUACUUCAAAUAAGGGCAAGAAUACGGGGAAACAUAAUAAAUCGAAGUCGAAAGGUAGAAAGAAAUAG